GAAAGCAGCGUCCGGGGCAGGCAGGCAGUCUCACCCUAAUGUAAGAUGGUGGCCGGCCUGGCAGCGGAGCGCGCAGAGCCUAGAGAUUACCCGUCUCUCACAUAAAGGUCGUCGGUAGAGUCACUCAGCUCUAUCCCCGCUAUCGUCAAAGAGAACGAGCGCCCGAGAGAGUAUUGCCGCCCCCGCCACCAGACAGCCCGGUUGCUGUGGAACAGGGACGACGAGGUGGAUCUUUGAAUAUCUUCAUUUUAUUUUUCUGUGCUGAUCUUAUUCCUCCCCUAAGUUAUUAUAUACUUUUUGCUGCUCUGUGAGAAGAGAUGUCUCGCAGCCCAGAUGCAAAGGAAGACCCUGUGGAAUGCCCCCUUUGCAUGGAGCCUCUGGAGAUUGAUGAUAUAAACUUCUUCCCUUGCACCUGUGGUUACCAGAUCUGUCGCUUCUGUUGGCAUCGUAUUCGCACGGAUGAGAAUGGACUUUGUCCUGCUUGUAGAAAGCCAUAUCCAGAAGAUCCAGCAGUAUACAAACCACUCUCCCAAGAAGAGCUGCAGAGGAUAAAAAAUGAAAAGAAACAGAAACAAAAUGAGAGAAAACAGAAGAUAUCAGAGAAUCGUAAGCAUCUGGCCAGUGUACGGGUUGUACAGAAGAAUCUUGUUUUUGUAGUAGGUUUAUCCCAGCGUCUAGCAGACCCAGAGGUUUUGAAAAGGCCAGAAUAUUUUGGAAAAUUUGGUAAAAUACACAAAGUUGUCAUCAACAACAGCACAUCAUAUGCAGGCUCACAGGGUCCAAGUGCAAGUGCAUAUGUAACAUACAUCCGGUCAGAAGAUGCACUCAGAGCUAUACAGUGCGUUAAUAAUGUGGUAGUAGAUGGAAGAACACUUAAGGCAUCUUUAGGAACCACAAAGUACUGCAGUUAUUUUCUGAAGAACAUGCAGUGUCCAAAGCCAGACUGUAUGUACCUACAUGAACUAGGGGAUGAAGCAGCCAGUUUCACAAAAGAAGAGAUGCAGGCUGGCAAGCAUCAAGAAUAUGAACAGAAGUUACUCCAAGAGCUAUACAAAUUAAACCCCAACUUUCUCCAGCUGUCCACAAAUGUAGUUGACAAGAACAAGAACAAAGUGACUUCUCUACAGAGGUAUGAUGUACCCAACAGUAAUAACAAAGAUGCCUGGCCAUCAUUACAGAGUUCAAGUAAAUCAGUCAACGGCUUAACAAUGGAACACAGGAAAACGCCUCCUAUUUUAGAAAAUGGCACAGACCCAGAACACAUGACUCCAGAUGGUCCAGAUUCAGAUUUCGGCUCUAUUGACAAGCCAUCAGAUUCUCUCAGUAUAGGAAAUUGUGACAGCUCACAACAGAUAUCAAAUAGCGACACUCCGUCACCACCUCCUGGUUUAUCAAAAUCCAAUUCAGUCCUCCCAAUCAAUUCAUCCAAUCACAGUGCACGUUCUCCAUUUGAAGGAGCUAUAACAGAGUCACAGUCCCUCUUCUCAGACAACUUUCGGCAUCCCAACCCAAUUCCAAGUGGACUCCCCCCAUUUCCCAGCUCCCCACAGACGUCAAGUGACUGGCCCAUGGCACCAGAGCCACAGAGUCUCUUCACAUCAGAAACCAUCCCAGUGUCCUCCUCUACAGACUGGCAGGCAGCAUUUGGAUUUGGUUCAUCCAAACAACAAGAAGAUGACUUGGGAUUUGAUCCCUUUGAUAUCACCCGCAAAGCCUUAGCAGACCUGAUUGAGAAGGAACUGUCAGUCCAAGAUCAACCCUCCCUCUCAUCAGCAUCUCUUCAGAACCCUUCCUCACACACUACAACCGCCAAAGGGUCAGGAUCCGGAUUUCUGCAUCCUGCUACACCCACAAAUGCCAAUUCUCUCAAUAGCACAUUUUCAGUCUUGCCACAGAGGUUCCCACAGUUUCAACAGCAUCGAGCAGUUUACAAUUCCUUCAGUUUUCCAGGCCAAGCAACUCGCUAUCCUUGGAUGGCCUUCCCUCGCAAUAACAUCAUGCACUUGAACCACACAGCAAAUCCCUCUUCAAAUAGCAAUUUCUUGGACUUGAACCUCCCACCUCAACACAGCACAGGUCUAGGAGGGAUCCCCAUAGCAGACAACAACAGUUCUGUAGAGAGUUUAAAUAUGAAGGAAUGGCAGGACGGGCUAAGGGCACUUCUACCGAACAUUAACAUCAACUUUGGUGGACUGCCCAAUGCUACUUCCCCCUCCAACGCCAACCACAGUGUACCAACGUCCAACUCUGCCACAACCGACAGCCUGAAUUGGGACAGCCCUGGGAGCUGGAUGGACCCCGCAAUCAUCACAGGUAUCCCAGCCUCCGCUGGAAACAGUUUAGACACUCUUCAAGACGACAAUCCACCACAUUGGCUAAAGUCACUUCAGGCUCUCACAGAGAUGGAUGGCCCCAGUGCUGCCCCAACACAGACCCCCCACAGUAACCCCUUCAGUACACAAAUUCCAUUGCACAGAGCCAGUUGGAGCCCCUAUUCCCCUCCUUCAAACCCUGCCAGUUUCCACUCUCCUCCCCCAGGCUUUCAGACAGCUUUCAGACCCCCCAGUAAACCCCCCACAGAUUUACUACAGAGCUCAGCGUUGGAUCGUCAUUAGGAAAAGUACAAAAACAUUAGAAAUGCAGGAAUUGCUCCUCCCAGACUUCCUGUACCCACCUAUGGCCCCUCUUCCAUAUUUUUCUUUCUGAAGUAUCUGGUUCCUGAUCAAAUUUUUUUCCCAACCAGCUUCCAAAUGCAGUGCAAUCACAGGGUCAUGACUAUUAUCUUUUUUGUUAAGUUUUACUUAGUCAGUGUUUGAAAUACACCAUUUAAAAACUAUUUCUUUAAACACACUAAGGGAGAGAAAUCAAAGUGCAUAAUAAUAUUUUCAUAAAUCUUUUGCACGUAAUUAUUUUAGCCUAGCAGAAAAAUAAUACAAAAUUCAGAAUCCAGUGCAGAGAUAUAAUGGGGAGAAGCAGUGGCCUAACAUUCUUGUUGCAUUCUGUGAGUUGAUUAUACAGGGAAAUGCUUUUUUUUUCUCUCUUUUGAAGGGGUGGGACACUAUUGUCAGUAAAGUUUUGGCAUAAAGUAGGUGAAGGACAAUUUGCCUGUAGAAAUAACUGACACGUUGCUCAGAAAUGGUUUAACAGGGGAUUUUUAAAAGUUUUGGCUUUAGAUUUCAAAUAAAUGUAAUGUUUUAAAAAUAUCACAGAUUUAAUACCUAGCAUAUACAUAAUAUAAGCAGCUGAAACACGAGUGAUAUUCACUUCAAUCUUUCUGCCUUCUUGUCGGUCUCUUUUUUUUUAUCACCUGAUUAAGACACUCUGGGAUAGCACUGCAUUGGGGCCACAAGAUCAUCAUCAGGAGCGCAACCUUUGACGACCUCUGCCUGCAGCUUUUACUUAACCUUGUAGUUUCUGGACGUUUGUGCAGUAUUGAAAGACAGGAAAAAAAAAGAAACAAAAUUAAACAUGGUUAUAACCUGACGCUAAACUAAAAACAAGGAAAUGUACCUCUUUCUUCAGAAUUAAAACUAAAAUCUUAAAUAAAACAGAAAACUUGAUGACA